CGACGAACACGAACGCCAUAAACGACUUCUUCGGACGUUACGAAGAAGAAGGCUAAUCACAACAACAACAUCAACAAUAGACUUCAAAUUGACUCCACACACACAUUUACAUUCAUUCAUAUCAAUUCAUUCUCUCUCUCUCUCUCUCUUCAAUUCGUGAAAUUGCAUCAUUGACGCCAAUACCUCUCUCCUCUGUUGGUCCGUCAACUUUGUUUUGUCCCUUCUCUCCCCAAGAAUGAGGUUUUAGGGUUUAGUUUUCAUAUUUGCUUAUACUUACCAGAAUGUACCCCAAGCUAAUUAUCACGAUGGGCGUUCUCUUGAUUUUGCUCCUUCCGAGAGAUUCAAACGCAUCUCGAAUCAGAACGUUCUUCAAAUUCGCCCAAGAUGACAGUCUCGACAACAGAUCAAUACAGGUGGCUCCUUCGCCGAGCCCCGUUUCGAGCGUUGAUUCCAAUUUUGGUGGAGGGAGCGGUGGGAAUGGUGAUCAGGUACCUCCUUCUCCUUCUCCUUCUCCUUCGCCGUUGGCGGAACCAAAUGAUGGCAUCACUGAUGAGAGAUGUGAGAUUUCAUCGUCUAGAUGGUGCCAAGAUUUGAAGAAUAUGACCGCGUGCCUGCCGGGAAGUGGACCACAAGGAUCAUUUCUUAUUGUCCAGAAUGAUGAAGAGAACUCACUGACAGUGAAUUACACAAUCUUGCCUCAGAACACUACUUUCGGGGUGAUAAAACUACAGAAACAUCAAGCCAAGAAGAUCAAUACUAAAGUUGGAGGAGGCCAGUCUGUAGUAUUAAAUGCUGGAAACGGGGAUUGUGUAAUUCACAUGGGAUCUCCAGCCCCAGAAGACAACAUUGGUUACCAUAUUCCAUCUGAUCCCACCUAUGUAAAACGAGCCACCUAUGUAAAACCUAUGCACGGUGCUUACCUACUGGUAUUGAUAGUUUUGAUCAGUGGAGGGGCGUGUGCCUGCUUUAAGUUGAGAAAAAGAGAACGGCAUCUUGAUGGAGUUCCAUAUCAGGAGCUUGAAAUGGGACAGCCAGAAUCUCUUUCAGCUGUGAAAGCGGAAACAGGAGUAGGUUGGGAUCAAGAUUGGGAUGAUGACUGGGACGAGGAAAAGGCAGUGAAAUCACCUGGCAGAAAGCAUUUUAGUAAUGGACAGCCAAAUGGCCAUGCUUCAAGGCCUUCUAAUGAUGAUGGAUGGGGAAAUGACUGGGAUGAAUAGGUGACAGUUUUUUUUUUAGUUCUUUUAUUUCAGUUUUGAAUUUUGAUUUUUUUUUUUAAAAGAGAAGAUAAA